UUCGCCGAUAGGCCGUAAGACGUACUUGAAUUAAUUUCCCCAGGUUUUUAUGUAACUUUGUAAUCUCUCUCCCUCUCUUUGUUUAAUAUCAUCUCCCCAAAAGAACAGUCAAUACCCUCUCAUAGCUCCCGUCUUCAUCAUGGCCGAACCAACUCCCGGCCUCACUCCCGAGCAGCUCUCAUCCUUCAACAAGGACGGCUAUCUCAUUAUCCGAAAUGCUCUCCGCCCAGAAACCGUCGCCUCCCUCUUAGCCGAGACACACAGCCUGCUGGAGAACUUCUCGCUCAAGGACCACCCCCUCACCCGCUUCUCCACGGGCGAAAAGUCAGACCACGUCGGCGACGACUACUUCCUCUCGUCGGGGGACAAGGUCCGCUUCUUCUUCGAGGAGGAUGCCUUUGACGAGGCCGGCAACCUGACCAAGCCAAAGGAGCGCGCCGUCAACAAGAUCGGGCACUACCUGCACGCCCUGUCGCCGCCCUUUGCGCGGCUCAUCGACUCCCGGGCCACCAGCGCCGCGGGCGAGGUCAGCCCCGCCGCCGUGGCGAGGGAUCUCGGCUUCAGGGACGCCCGGUGCCUUCAGAGCAUGGUCAUCUGCAAGCAGCCCGAGAUUGGCGGUGCCGUGCCGCCGCACCAGGACUCGACCUUUCUGUACACCAGCGCGCCGUCGGCCGUGGGCUUCUGGUACGCGCUGGAGGAUGCCACGCUGGAGAACGGAUGCCUGAGUUUCCUGCCGGGGUCGCAUCGCUGGGCGCCGAUUGAGAAGAGGCUGGUGCGCAAGGCGGGCAACGCGGGGACUGAGAUUGUGGACAAUGAGGGGCUGAAGUUUCCUCCUGGGGAUGAGUAUGGUGGCGAGCACAAGGAGGGCGAGGGGGACUAUAUCCCCGGUGAGGUCAAGGCGGGGGAUUUGGUGCUGAUUCAUGGAAACAUGCUGCACAAGAGCGAGAGGAAUACGAGCCAGAAGGGGAGAAUCAUUUACACAUUUCACAUCAUUGAGGGAGAGGGCAGGGAGUAUGAUGAGAGGAAUUGGCUGCAGCCGCCAAAGGAAGGGUUCACCAAGUUAUUCGUCUAAGUUUAGUCUAAGAACAAAACGGAUAUUAAUCAUGGGGGAACUUCGUAUAUACAAAAGGCAAUUCUUUUCUUUCAUCUGCUCCUCAUGUCUUCAGGAAAUCUAUCCGUCGCUCAUGCGCUCUAAUGGUACAGUACAUACAUGUAUAUACAGGUCCUCCCACAGAAAUGAAAAAUAAAUAUUCACCCCCUUCUAUAUAUACUUUAAAAAAACAAAAAACUCAAAACUUGAAUCUUCGUCCCAGGUAUCACACACUCUCCUCUAUGCGGCGUGACUACAUGUAGUAGUCUACGGAUGAUAGCCGAUUUAGUAAAACAAAUAGAAAAAAAAAAAAGGUCGUAUCCAUGAAUGGCAGAAAAACGGACUCUCCGGUCGGCUAGUAACGCCAAAAAGAGCGAGAAAAAGAUUGGAAAAGAGUAUAUCAUGGCCCU